CAUGCGUGGAUUUUAUGUAUUAUUGACUUAGUGACGUGAAAUUUAAGCGUGAAAAACAGUGCACAUAAAUAUAAAAUAAAUAAUUAUUUAAACGUGAAACAUUAAAUAUAAUAGUAAUUUCACUUUUGAGUGUGUUUAUUUUCAAAUCUUAGUAUACACUUAUACAUUAACAGUUUUAUAAAGUAAAAUUGUGUUAAAAAGGGGUAAAAAUGAACUGUAGCUGGUGUGUGAACGAGAAUGUGAAUUUUUGGUGCAUAUUCCACCUUGACUAUUUAAUAUAUGCGAUACUUCUAAUUGUGUUAUUGAUUUUAUUUCUGUAUUAUAUGCUGGCUUAGAAUGCCUUCCGGCGUUAAUCAGGUAGCUAUGAAAUAUAAUGGAAGGCGGGCGUCCCAGAAACAAUAAACCUUUUAACGACGUGGCAAGAGGACUAAAUUCGCCUGAAAUUAAAGCUAAUGAAGACAUUCCAUUCGUGGACGAUUUUGUUGAACUCGAACCCGUUAAAGCUGAAGAACCUAUUCGACCACAGAGGUUUAGAGAUGUCGAGAGAGGUGAUACAAAUGACUGCAAGCCAAAAAGAGACGGGGUGAUUCAUGCAAAAGACUUAGGAUCAGUGCAUUCUUCCCCAAAUAGUGACACAAUCGUUGUCAACACCCCUGAAGGCACUCUUUACGUGACAUUAGACCCGUAUUCGAGCAAGCCUACUAGUCCAAGUACUCAAUCUACGGAUGUGUCUGAUGCUACUCCUAGUACAUCGAAGACGUUCGGUGUGAAUGAGACAAAUGUGCUGAUAGACAAGGAGAGAGAAGACACGGAGGCAAGAAGAACGAAUUUGCGACGUAACUCAAUAUCGAUGCCCACGCUGAACAACCUUGAAGCUGAGGUUCUGAGACAACAGUACAUGAACAAUCCACAAGAUGGGAUCCCAGAGCACCACCACAGCACUGGAUCCGGCUUCAGCGAUGGUGACCACCCCGCCGACCACAACGAAGUGCUUUCUGAUGACGACAGACCAAAGACACCCCUCCGCUCACCCCGGCGCGGACCGCGGCGCCUGGGCAGGUCAGAGUUCAGCAUGGAUGACGACGACUACUCCCCAAGCAACUCUGUCACCUCCGUCAACUCCCUGGCUAGUCUGCUCAAGGAGAAACUCCAGAGCAUCCCCCAAAAGAUCCGCAAGAAGCCGACAGACUACAAACUACGAGCGUUCGUCGGCCUCAUGUUCCUGUCCGUGUCCUUCUUCAUCGGGUUCGCGUACGUGCUAUACCAUCAGCAAGCAAUGACCAAGGCUUACUUCGAAAGCGUGCAGUUCAACGAACCUAAGAGGAUGAUUAGGAUUUUCAAUGCCGAUGAUGUGGAGAUCCUUAAGGCUCAUUUAGCGGUCGGCAUCAACAAAGUGAAGGCGUACCCGUGCCUCCCAGACGACCGACACAAGGACGGCUCCGAAUGCCUGGAGUGGCUGCACACGCUGAGGUUCUACCUGAAGAGUCUGCCGCACGACCCUGGAGUGGACAACACCACCUGUUACUCCGUGCAUUGGAAGGCUCUCAAGAAAGAUGUUUAUCCCAACGAUUGUUUUGACUGGGCUGAUACCAAAGUCCACUGGUAUGGAGGCGGUCAGUCGCUCAACUUAACUUGGCCUUUGGACAACGGCUCUAUAGACUACACCCCUUUCAUCACCGGAGACAUACAAAAAAAUCAGUGGAGCAACGUCUUGACACGAUAUCUCAUAAACACUAAAGGGGCUGCAUUAAUAAUAGAUGACGAAACUCCUUUACAAAUAUCAGUAAAUAAAGACCAAAAAGCCAUCUGUAUUAGAGCUCAAUUUGAUGAAUUUGCUUACGCCAAUAGGCUAACAGAGUUCCCAGAAAUGAGAUACAAUAUCUGCACCUCAAGAGAUAUUAAAUCUCUGCAUUCAUCUAUUCACAACCAUCGCAGAGCACCGCUGUGGGAUGGCCUCAAACCAGCUGACAUGGCAAGUUUAGAAUCACUGAUCUCUGAGCCAGUUUGGCAAAUAGCUCCCAGAUUCAAAUGGGAAUUAACAUCAGAAACAAUAUCUAAAUACACUGAAGAUGUCAUCAAUUUAGGAUUCUUGAAACAGGGACAUGUUCUAAUUAACGAAUUUUGGCAGAACGAAAUAGGCGACUUAGCUGUAGACACAAGUAGGUUCUCUACGUUAAAUGAAACUGUUGAUAAAUUACACAGAAGAGGAUUCAAAGUUGCUUUUACUGUACAACCGUAUAUAAGUACUGAAAGCGCUAACUUUGCUGAAUGUGUUCAAAAGAGACUACUUGUAAGUGAAAGAAGUAGUGAUAGGAGAAUCCCUGCUUUGACAAGAUUUAAAACCUUAGCUAGUGCUGGUGUACUAGAUAUUACGAAUAAUAGAUCUGUUCCAUGGAUACUAGAAAAGUUGCAAGCGGUCAUCGAUGCAUAUCACAUUGAUUCAUUUUACUUCGAUCUUGGAUUAGCAUACGAUAUGCCUCAUUACUACCAAUGUGAGAAAAGGUUGAUCAAUCCAGAUCAAUAUAAGACGCACUUUACGAAGACAUUUGAGAAAAUUUUGAACAUUAUCGGAGUGUCGUCGGCUAUAUCGUUACCAAGGCCUCCGAUAUUCGUAUCGUUACCUCCAUUUGAAUCUUCAUGGGAAGCUUUACGACAAGUUAUACCAACAAUAUUGACAUAUGGUGUGAAUGGAUAUCCUUUCGUAAUGCCAGGAGCAGUAGGAGGAGAUAUUUACUGGCCUGGCAGUGAGCAGUUUUUGCCAUCGUCCAAGGGUUCUUUGGACUUGAAUAUCACGAACACUACUCAGGAUAACGGCAUACAGCUGCCUGAGAGAGAGUUGUACAUGAGAUGGCUGCAAAUGGCGACGUUCCUUCCUGUGAUGAAGUUCACUCACUUGCCGAGCAAAUAUAAUGAUGACAAAGUCCUGGAGCUGGCCAAGAAUUUGACUUGGUUGAGACAAAAAUUGGUGACCCCUCUCCUCCUGAAGUACAAACGCGAAGCCCUAGAGGAAGGCCUGCCGCUCAUCCGUCCACUGUGGCUGGUGACCGGCGGAGACCCCGCCUUGUAUGUGAAGGACGAGUUUGCGCUCGGCGAUGAGAUUGUUGUCGCACCGGUGUUACACCCAGGGGACACUACCAGAGAAGUGUAUCUCCCUGCUGGCCUUUGGCAAGACGGCAUUGAUGGUUCUCUACGAAAAGGAAACAGAUGGAUGCACGAAUACAAAGUGCCUAUAGACAAAGUGGCCUAUUUCCUGAGGAAACCAGACGAUAUGAGGUUUAGAUGAGGAAAAACUCAAAUAUGGGAAAUGUGAAAAACGAAGUCUUUCUGUAUUUAGGGCGACCGCUGCGUAAAUUGUCGCGCGUGUUCAUCUCUCAUGUAGGCGAAGAAAUGGCCGAUUCGCCCGUUUUAAACCCCCGACGACAGGAGUUAAGUUAUAAGUUUUACAUGCCUGUGUAUAUGUCUGUCUGUGUCAUCGUAGCAACUAAACAGCUGGCCGUAGCCACCAAUUUAGGUCUAUUUUUUUCAUAGUGAAUUUAAUCGAGAGUGUUCUUAGCUAUGGCAUGAAAUAGUGCGUUCAGCCGUUUAGAAACUAUAAGCUAAUUUCUAGCAGUUAGGUCGAUGCCAGAAACAUCGAAGUCGGGGGUUUAAAAUUUUUUAAUUUAGUUUUAAUUUGCACGUGUGGCUGAACAAGCGUAACGCAGCGGUCAGAUGAAGCCAAAAAGAUGUUUUUGAUAGAAAUAUUUGAUAUUGAAUUAUAAUAAUGAAAUAUUUGAUAUUGUAAAUAAGCAUUCCAACCAAAUAUAUAGCAAUAAUUAUUCAGAUAAGAGCAAGUAGAAAUGUAAUUUAACAGUUUAUCCCAGUAUUAUAUCGCAGACCAGUGUUAAACAUCAGCAGCCAUUAUAUUAUUAUGAAAAUAAAAUAAUUUCAAGAAAUGUAAUUUUGUUUACGAAAUGUUAUCUUUUAUUUCAUUCCAAACAUUUAUUGUAAUUACUUAUUAAUUUUAAUUAUAAUGUGGUCUCGCAUAAUUUUAUAAAAUUUCCUGUGUAGUUAGUUAUUUAAAACAUAAGAAACAUGAUGAAUGUAUGUAUAUUUAGAUGAUUUAUUUUGAGCCUCGAAGCAUACGGAGCAGGUUAAUUUUAAAUAUUGUAUUCAUAGUAUAUUCUGUUGUCUUUUCUAGUCUUAGAAAUAAAAAAGCUUGUCUAAAAGUUAUUUUUGAUAGUAAUAAGUCAAUAAAUUAAAUAGCCACUGUCCUAAUAGUUAAAUACGUCAUGUUUUUAAAUCAAAAAGUUUUAAAUAUUACAACUAUUUUCAUCACGGUAUAAAGUAUUCUAAAAUUUUUUUUAUAGAAUCUAAAUAUAUAUUUCUAUCGAAACUUAAUUGUAAAUCAUAUGUUUAACGAUUAUAUAAUUUUAAUCGUGUUGUGAUAGUAAAUUCGUUUUGAGAUUUCAAUAAUAUUAGUAGAAUAGAUUAUAUUUUAAGAGGAGUCUAAAUUGAUAUUUUUACAAGAUUCAGUAACUAUUUUUUGCUUUUAUGUGUUAAAAAAAACUCUUUAAUCACGUUACUCAAAAUAUUGCUCAUUGUAAUAAGUGGUUAAAAUUAAAUAUUUAUGAACAAUAUCAUAUACUUAUUUAUAAAGGUGUUAUAUUUUAUAUACUAUUGUACAUACAUUUAUGUUUAAGAUAAUUUACAAUGUGAUUAUUCACUGCCGUUGGAUAAAAAAUUUAUGGUACUAAUAAAAGGCAUUGACUUUAUAUUUUUAAACUAACUAUACCUUCCACUUGUAGCGUUUUGAGGGACUAUGAGAUUAUAACAAUUAUUUUCCAAUAUUUUGUUUUACUAAAAAUCUAAAACUUUAAACACAUUAUGGUUUUCGACCGAAAUAAAUUUAUCAUUAUAAUAAUUAGUCAAUAUUGUAGUUUUUCUUCGGUAUUGCUAAUGUAAAUAUACCUAUAUCAGAAGGCCUGCCACGAAACACACAAACGCAGCAAGUUACUAACAUCCACAGGCUAUCUCUUAUUUCCUAUAUCGUGUACGCAUCGUGUAAAUAGAGAUCGUGUGGACGCAAUUUCGUGCUACGUAUUUUAUGUUUCAUGAUAGCCACCCAGUUCCAAUUCUUUUAAUAUCUUGUGCACAACUUCAAUGUUCUUGUGUACGUAUUGACCUAAACAGAAGAUGAUUUGAUCGUAAAUCGUUUGGCAACCAAACACCUUCUUGUUUAAGAUUUGAUAAAUUUAAUUAACAGGUGAUAGAACUAAUGUUAUCCAUUUAACAUCAGUAACAAGAAUUCUACUCACUACAAAUAAAAAGAUCGGUUGAACAUU